CCUUGCCCUCGACGCUGCGUCCGCACGAGAGCUCAGAGACGCGUUCCCUCUGGGGCGACGGAGGAGGCGACGCCACGGAGGACGAGAGCCCCGUAUCUGCCCAUGUGAGCAGGGGAGGGGCAGAGAGAGAAGGAGACACAGAAUCUGAAGCAGGCUCCAGGCUCCGAGCUGUCAGCCCAGAGCUGGACGCAGGGCUCGAACUCACGAGCCAUGAGAUCAUGACCUGAGCGGAAGCCGGACGCUUGACCGACUGAGACACCCAGGGGUUGUAUGUGCUAGACUUGCAUGAUAGCAGAGUCACUGAACACUUGAACAAGGCUUGGGUCAUUGAAGUGUUCCAGCCAAACUUUAAAGAGAUUCCAUGGUUGCUUCGCCACAUGUCCAAGGCCGUGAGUGAUACAGCUUUGUCUGCUUAGUUACUGGACUGUCCCUUGGUGAGAAUACGCAGGAAGAGAGGAGUGACUGAGUUCUAGACCAUGCAACCACAGGAAUCUGUGACCUUCAAGGAUAUAGCUGUAGACUUCACCCAGGAAGAGUGGGCCCUGCUGGACGCAUCCCAGAGGAAGCUGUACAGAGAUGUGAUGCUGGAGAACAUUGGUCAUCUGGUGUCUGUGGGGUAUCAAGUUUGCAAAUCAGAUGUGAUUUCCCAGUUGCAGCAAGGAGUGGAGCUGUGGAGGGAAGGGAGAGGAUUUCCCCAAGGCGUGAUUCCAGACAGAAAAAGUAGCCUUAUGAGGCAAGAAGAUGUCUGCAGGAAGGACCCAUCUAAUUGCAUGUCAGUGACUUGAUUGCGGUCAGCCUAUCAUUGAAUCCCGCUGUUCUGAAAUCUAAGGGUUCUCACUGCCUGGGUGCUGCAGGAAGAAAUGUAACUUUUUCACCUCAGUCAUAAUUUGAUAAUUUGAUUUCUAAUGUUUUAAUUAAAAUAAUUUUUAAAAUGUGAAAAUCCCUAAAUUUUCACUAAAUGCAGUGAAAAUCUCUUCACUAAAUGCAGUGCAGAUUGGUACAGAUCAACUACAGUUCUUUUCGUUUAAUCCAGAGUUUUCAGAACUCUUCCGUCUAUAUGUGGUCAUGAGUCAACAGUUGGUGACCUUUCUCUGGGCUGCAGUUUUCCCCAAAGAAGAGCUGCGCAGUUUGGCUUUAGGAACUAAUAAACUGAGUUAAAGCUA